AUGAGGUUGCUGCAAGCGGAGGAGCUAUUCCGGAAGGUUCUGGAGGUCGGGUCGAAGAAUAAGGCGGCUCGGCUGCUGGGGCUCGACGUUGGCAGCAAGUACGUCGGGGUGGCCGUGUCCGAUGAGAAGAACAGGAUCGCUUUGCCUCUGAGUGUUUUGUGUCGGACAAAGACAAACAUCAACUUGAUGGCAGAUGAUUUCAAAACAUUGGUUUCGAAGUAUUCCAUAGAUGGGUUCGUUGUGGGCUAUCCAUUCAAUCUCCACGGUCAACCUAGUCCAGAUGCAGUCCAAGUAAGGCUUCUUGCUGGAGAGCUUUGUAAAACAGGGAAACUUGAUGAUCUGUCCUAUACAUAUUGGGAUGAAAAUUUCACCUCAAAGUGUGUAGAAGCUCUCUUGCAUCCUCUGAAUCUAAAAAAUCGGGAUGAGGCCAAAACAAUGACAGAUAAAUUUGCUGCAGUUUGCAUACUCCAGGGUUAUCUUGACAACAUGAACAGAAAACUGAGAUCCACAGAUAAGUCUGAAGCAUAA